AGGCACCUGAGACAUCGGUACUAUAAGUGUUUAGCGCGUUUUACUGCAGCAGGUGGCACCCAACACGUGACGCGCAGUUGACAAGUUGCUUGUCGAGGGCGGAGGUAAUGUUAAUAAACACCCAAAGGACAUGGGGGGAAAAUACAGUCUGGAUAUCGUCUCCCGCUUUCAUUUCAAUGGCUUUAAACAAUUCAAUCUCACAAUGAAUCGGGAGGAAAGUGGGACAUCCCAAGCCGGACUGGACGACAACCAGAUCAAAACCCUAUCCGUAGUGUAUGUAUCGUCACUUUCAUUGAGCUUGCUUGGCAGCCUUUCCGUUGUGGUGGUGUCCAUCGUCAAACGGAGGUAUCUGAAUGAACAGGCCUGGCCUCUGCUCCAGCUCGCCCUGGCCGACUUCCUGGCGUCGGCCGUGCUGCUGAGCACCAACGCCGUCAACUUCGUGCCGGACAGCAGCCUCCCUCAGCGAAUCGGCGUGUGCGAACGCGGGCUUCCCCUGGCGGUGGCCUUCUACGGCAUCUCAUUCCUGCUGGUCAUGAUUUACGCCUGCCAAUCAAAGCGGGCGGUCCAAAGGUGGCGAGAUAGGACAGAAGGGCGGGACGGGCAGUCGGACGGCAGGCGGGGCGAGGCGUUCUGCUCGGUGUACGCUGUUGUGUGGUUUGCCCCCAUCACCGUCUACCUCCUGUACGUGUUCACUGAGGACUUGAUGCAGGCCAGUUUACAGACAAGUUCAAAUGACUCUGCGUCAGAUGGAGAGACGAGCGAAGCCAACGCUGCUUUCUGCACAAGCUGCAUUUUGCUCUUGCAUAUAAGGAAUGACUCCUGCCCGCAUGUGGACAAGGCUCACGAUCUGUUUGUGAGGUUAUUUUUCUUUGUGAGCGGACUGACGGUGCUGAUUUGCUGCACUGUGAUGUACUGUAAGGUGGGCAGCUGGUAUCGGAGGUACAAGGAGCAAGGCCUGUUCCCGGUGGAAGGAGACGGGUUCGACCGGAGACACCUCAGGGGCCUCUACUCCACGGCCCGCAAUAUGAUGCUGGUCGUCAUUUUCUGCUGGACACCGGCUUUUGUUCUUGUGAGCCUGUCAUUCAUAGAAGGAAUCCCCCAGGAAAAGCUUUUUCCUCUAUAUGUCAUCCAAGCUCUGACGGUGUCGCUGCAAGGGCUGCUGGACAGCCUGGUCUACGGCUGGCUCCGGCGGAACUUCCGCGAGGCCGCCAUGGCGGAAAGGGUGCCGCUGCUGGACGGCCGCCACCGGGCUUUCUACGACGAGUCUCUGCCCACGCGCUGAGCCCUCAAGAGCCGCUGCCCCAUCAGCGCGGGAGGAGGGACGCAAGAGCCGAGCCACCCCACCACCCCCAUCCCCUGCGCAAGAGGACUCAGGCGCCGACCUGUGGGGGAUUGUGGGUAAUUUCCCGGGUGUCACAUUUGGUGUCACGGACUGAAUUUUCUCACAUCUCAGUGUACUUAGGAUUAUUAUUUAUUGUUACUGACUUCCGAGGGUUCGCAGGUUUGAUUUUUGACGUUUGUGGGGGACGCGUUUGACCACUGCUCCACGGGCUAUCGAACCCUAUGGGGGCAUGCGCGCAUGCGCGCAUGCAUGCACGGUGCAUGGAGAGUUCCAUCGGAAAUGGUCUCUCGUGAGCUGCCUAGUGUGACCAUCAUAGUGCAAACAUUGGUGCAUGUUGCAUUUGGCUAUGCUAACUUCACUUAAGGGGAAUUAGUUAAAUAUAUUAGCUAUGGGAAUCAUUACUGAUUGUGAGUUAACUUUAAGUGAUGUAAAGCUAGCUACCUUCUUACUUGCGCUUGUACCUCUGGUCCUUGUACCCUUUGUUAGUACUCGUUUAGAGAAAUUCCCAAAUGUAUUAAAAGAGGAGUCACUUCUCCCUCAAGGAGACAGUUUAUGAAGGAAUAUGAGGUCAUGGCUUAGAAUGUGAAGAUCUCUGAUAAUUUAAAUAAAAAAAUGUGAAAAUGUC